CUUUAAAGGUGUAAUCGGACAGAAAGAGAGAGAGAAUCUGAAAUAAUCUACAUAAAUGCAAACAAAAAACUAAAAGACUGGGAACCGGUAACCCGUAGAUAAACCCGUUUAAACAGCAGUUAGUAGCAUCAGGAUUACUCAGACGUUAAAGAAAGGUCAAGAACUUGCGAAUGAGCUAACAAAGAAGAAAGUUUAGGCACACAAAGAAAAAGAAGAGCAGUGCGUUUAACAGUCUGUCAACGUUUGAGAAAUGCUUUCCAAGGUUAUCUCAGCAGCAUAUUUAGCACUAUGGAUCAGUUCUUGUACCUCCACCUCAGCUGAGGAUCCGUUCAUGACCAGAGCUCUGCUGCUGAUGUCUGAGACCCCGCUCAUUGACGGCCAUAACGACCUGCCAUGGCAGCUCCGUAUGCAAUUCAACAACGAGCUCAACAAAGUGGAUCUUAACACUCUGGAAACGACACACACCAACAUCCCUAAAAUCAAGGAGGGACGGCUGGGAGCGCAGUUCUGGUCGGCCUAUGUUCCCUGUGACUCUCAGUACAAAGAUGCUGUCAGACAAACACUGGAGCAGAUAGAUGUGGUUCACAGGAUGUGUCAAAAAUACCCUGAAACCUUCAUGUUUGCCACCAGUAGCAAAGACAUCAUGGACGCCUUCAACAUGAACAAGACAGCCAGUCUGAUCGGGGUGGAGGGGGGUCACUCCCUGGACAGCAGUCUGGGCACACUGCGCACCAUGUACCAGCUGGGGGUCCGCUACCUCACACUCACACAUUCCUGCAACACACCCUGGGCGGAUAACUGGCUUGUUGACACUGGAUCAGAGCAAUCUCAACAUAGUGGCCUGUCCCCAUUUGGCAAGCAACUAAUAGUGGAAAUGAACCGUCUGGGGAUGCUGAUCGACCUGGCUCAUGUGACUGAAGCAGUGAUGAACCAGGUGCUGGACAUGUCUGAAGCUCCGGUCAUCUUCAGCCACUCCUCCGCCUACAGCAUCUGUCCACACAAGAGGAACGUCCCAGAUAAUGUUCUCAUUAGAGUGAAUGAGACGGGAGGAAUCGUCAUGGUGAACUUCUACAAUGACUAUGUGACCUGCAGCAAGACUGCCAACAUCUCGCAUGUUGCUGAUCACUUUGAUCAUAUAAAGAAAGUGGCCGGGGCGGGCGUCGUUGGUUUUGGUGGAGAUUACGACGGGGUUACAAGACUACCAGAGGGUCUGGAGGACGUGUCCAAGGUGCCCAAAGUGGUGGCUGAACUGCUGAGGAGAGGAUGGACUGAUGAGGAGAUCAAAGCUGCUCUGGGAAACAACCUGCUCAGAGUCCUAAGCAAGGCUGAGAAGGUCCGUGACGGUCUCCAAGGCAAGAGUCCGGAUGAUGUUCCUAUUCCAUAUGAUGAGGUGCAGAACUCGUGCAGGACGAGCUAUGGUUACCACAAUGCUGGAGCCGUCCACUCACUCAGCACACUGGCCCUUGUGCUCACACUGGCUCUCCAGGCUUUUAUCACAACAGUUUCAUAAGAUGCUUAUCACGACAGCUGAUAGCAUGUACGUGAAGAAUUUGUCUGCGAGUACUAAUAAAGUCUGAUUUAAAUGUC